GGCUCGGGGCUCAAGUAAAGCCAGCUGUAGAGAAAAACAUCCUGCCCAGAUUCCAGCAAAGCUUUGAUAUUCGGCAGGAUCAUAAACAAUGUAGCUGACUUCCGUCCCUUGUAGUAGAAAGAAUAGGGAAAACAAUCAAUGAUGGUUAAUGAUUUCUGAAGGACGAUACUGCACGCUUGCAGCCCAUAUUAAGUGGAGCAAACUCUUGGAACUCAUUUCAGGAGCUACUUCUUCUGAUCAGCCUCCCUCUCCCUCACACUCUUCCCUGGGGAACUCAGUCUGUCGCCGAGGUUCACCUCAGGGCAUGAUGACGAUGAAAGGCAGACCUGAGGAUCCCACUGUGACGGGCAACAGCAUGAAGAAGCCCGAAUCGGCGUCUGGCCCAAAAUGCUGUGCUCCAAAUCUGAAGAUGUUCAUUGGAGUCCUUGCCCUAAGCUACUUCUCAAAGUCCUUAUCUGCGAGUUACAUGAAAAGCACCAUCACUCAGAUUGAAAGGAGGUUUGAGAUCCCCAGCUCCACUGUAGGCAUCAUCGACUGCAGCUUCGAGAUUGGAAACCUACUGGUGAUUGUUGUGGUGAGCUACUUUGGAGCAAAGUUCCACAGGCCGAAGAUCAUUGGGACAGGUUCUUUCCUGAUGGCCUUAGGUACCAUCACCAUGGCACUGCCUCACUUCUUCAUGGAACGAUACAACUACGAGAGCAUGGCAAAAGCAUCUCAGGUGGCAUUGCCUGGGAAUCACUCCUGGAUGUCUCCAUGCUCGGCUUCUCCUCAGAAUGUGCAACAGCAGCUUCCUUCUGGCUGUGAUAAUGUCAGCGAGGAUGGCUCCCGCAUGUGGAUAAUAGUUCUCCUGGGGAAUAUGCUGCGUGGCAUUGGCGAGGCUACCAUCACACCUCUUGGCGCAUCCUUUAUUGAUGACUAUGCCCGGCCGGAGAACUCCGCCUUCUACAUCGGGUGCCUCCACACCAUCGCUUUGAUUGGGCCUAUGUUUGGUUACAGCCUCAGCUCGCUGUGCGCCCGACUCUAUGUGGAUAUUGGCUUUGUGAAUUUGGACAGUGUGACUAUCACUGUUCAGGACUCACGCUGGGUGGGAGCCUGGUGGCUUGGCUUCCUGGUGGCAGGUACCUUCAAUCUGGUGAUCUCAAUCCCUUUCUGGUUCCUGCCUCGGGAACUCCCGGAGGAUGGACAGGUCAUGCUCCACUCUUCAACCAAGCCUUCCAGAGAUAAACACAAGCCUAACAUCAUGGAGAUAGCCAAAGGGUUUCUGCCAUCACUGAAGAUCUUGCUCACCAGUAAGAUCUACGUCCUGUACUUAGUGACGAGCAUCAUGAUGUUCAACGGUUUAGCCAUCAUCCUCACCUACACACCAAAGUACUUUGAGCAGCAGUUCGGUCAAAGCGCAUCCACAGCAAACAUGUUCUUGGGGGUGGCCACCAUGCCUGCAGUGUGCCUGGGAAUCUUUUUCAGUGGGAUCAUCAUGAGGAGAUUCAAACUAGACAUGGUGGGGGCUGCCAAGGUGGCUUUCUGGACGUCCAUUGGUGGUUUUCUCUGCACCAUCCCACACUUUGCCCUGAACUGCAAGAACACGGAUGUGGCAGGACUGACCGUUCCAUACCCAGGGGCCGAGUCUUCAAUCAUGUCUGGAACUGCGGUGCUGUCCUCAUGCAAUGCUGCCUGCAAGUGUCCAGAAAGCCAGUGGGACCCCAUCUGUGGCCCCGACGGCAUCACCUAUGUCUCACCCUGCUUUGCCGGCUGCACAAACACCAGUGGUUCUGGUCGAAACAUGACAUUUCAUGGAUGUAGUUGUGUCCUGAGCACCGGAGCAAGCGUCACAGAUGCAUCCAUGGUUUUAGGGCAGUGUCCCCGAGAAGACAAAUGUUCCAGAAUGUUCUACUUCUACCUGGCCCUGCAGUCCUUGAGCUUCUUCAUUUACUCCUUGGGGUCCGUGCCCCUCUUUAUCAUCUGUCUCAGGAGUGUGGAACCAGAACUUAAAUCACUGUCUACAGGAAUUCUCAUGUUGGUUCUGAGAGUGUUGGGUGGAAUACCUGCACCAAUCUACUUUGGGGCCCUGAUUGACUCCACGUGCCUGAAGUGGGGAAGCAGAAAGUGUGGUGGGCGUGGUGCCUGUAGGAUGUACAACAUCCAAACCUUCAGGUUUCUCUUCCUGGGGAUGAUUAGCUGCCUGAGAAUGUGUGGCUAUGUGCUGCUGUGGGUGACCAUCAUUCAGAUGAAGAAGAAAGCCGAGCGGCAGAAGCACAAGUGUCCCGCUGAGGACGAGGAACUGGAACUGAAGCGUAAGCUGAACGCUCAAACCAACCUAAAUACAGAGGAGGACAUUCAGCAUUCUGAGUCCCUAGCAUAAGAAAGACGGCUUGCAAUGAAGGAGACCCACGGGAAAAAGGCUUUUUGGAACAACUAAGCCUUAUUGGGACAGAUAGUCCUAACUGGGGAAGAUACACAAGGGUGAGCAACAUACCUUGUCAAAGCAAAUGAUAACCUUACGACAUCUGGCUGGGAGAUACACACACACACACACACACACACACACACACACACACACACACACACACCACAACCAUUUCAGUGAAACACUUGCCACAAAACACAUAGAUAUGGCACUGCCGUUGAGGAAAUCUCUGGUCAGAUGAAUGAAUAUCAUUUCAUCAUGAAUGUUUCAUUAUGGACAAAACAGGGUGAGUAUACAGCUUUAAGAAAACAUGAUAUGCUAUUUGGGAGGGGCAUGCACAUAUUGUUUUUACUCAAUUAUAUAUGUGUGUGUGUGUGUGUGUGUGUGUGUGUGUGUGUGUAUUACUUAAAUAAACAUUUGAGAAAAUGAA